AGUGAACGAGACGCAGAGUACGACGAGGCCAGCGUACGUUGUGCGAGGGACAUUGCAAAGCAGUUGCUUUCUUAUCCGGCUUCCGAGUUCAAGGUGUUGAUGGGUGGAGGGAGUAGUUACCUGAUGGAGAAGUCGCGAAAUGGAUCUCGUGGGGACGGAACGAACAUUGACCUCGAGUGGCAGCGUCUUGGUGGCAGCCGAAAGAUUCUGCGAACGCCAUCCGAUCUGGCUCAAGUGAAUGCGGCAAAUGAUGAGAAGCUGCUCGAGUCACACUUUCCUUACUAUCUAAGUGAGAGAAUGGAGAAUAAAAGGACUGUGCCAAGACUUCGCGAAAUGACCGAGAAAGCUAUUGAGGUGCUCCAACGAGACGAUCAGGGAUUCUUCUUAGUGGUUGAAGGUGGGUUGAUUGACAUGGCUGAGCACGAGAAUUGGAUGCACAUGGCGUUUUCCGAAGUGUACGAGUUUGAGGAAGCUAUCCGAGUGGCACGUGGAAUGACGAAUCCGAAUGACACCUUAAUCAUCGUCACAGCGGAUCAUGGCCAUGCCCUCACACUUCCAGGAUACCUGCCAACCAGCGAGACGCUUUUUGAGAGUUCAAAAGUACAGCACCGUGAGGAGAACGCAAUCACAGAAGUCACGAAUUGGGUUCCCGCCAUGUUCUUCGCCACCGGACCAGGAUACAAGAACGGCUUCGGAGAGCGUAGCAACAGCGACAUAGAAGAGCCUUUCUAUCGACAGCCAUCUGCAGUUCCAACGAAAUUUGGGUUCCACGGCGGUGAGGACGUGUUGAUGGGUGGAGGGAGUAGCUACCUGAUGGAGAAGUCCCGAAAUGGAUCUCGUGGGGACGGAACGAACAUUGACCUCGAGUGGCAGCGUCUUGGUGGCAGCCGAAAGAUUCUGCGAACGCCAUCCGAUUUGGCUCAAGUGAAUGCGGCAAAUGAUGAGAAGCUGCUCGGUAAGGCUCACAUCAUUGAAAUG